AUGCGACUGCUGGAACGUGACGAUACCGGAGGGGUCCGGCUGACGGAGGACCUCCCCAACAGCAAGAUUCCGCCGUAUGCGAUACUUUCACACACAUGGGGCGACGGGGAGGUCCUCUUCAGGGACCUCGUGGACGGUACAGGCGAGAACAAAACAAGCUACGCUAAGAUUCGAUUUUGCAGAGAUCAAGCCUGGCGCGAUGGGCUGAGAUUCUUCUGGGUCGACACAUGCUGUAUCGACAAGUCCGACGCUGCCGAGCUUCAGGGUGCUCUCAACUCCAUGUUUCAGUGGUAUCGCAACGCCGCCAAAUGCUAUGUCUACCUCUCAGACGUAUCAAAGUACGAGCGAAGCGGCAACCCCGGCUGGGAAUUGGCGCUCCGAAACUGCAAAUGGUUCACCCGGGGAUGGACCCUCCAGGAACUCAUUGCUCCAACAAUCGUUGAAUUCUUCUCUGUGGAGGGUGUGUUCCUAGGAGAUAAGCAGUCUCUGGGACAGCACAUUUACGACGCGACCGGCAUUCCCCUCGGAGCUCUUCAAAGUAGCGCACUAUCUGAUUUCAGCAUUGAAGAGCGGAUGUCGUGGGCCAAAAACCGCAGCACGACACGUCUGGAAGACAAGGCAUACUCGCUAUUCGGCAUCUUCGACGUAUGUAUGCCUAUUCUGUACGGGGAAGGAGAAGACAGAGCAUUCAAGCGGCUGCGUGAAGAGAUUAGCAAGGACGAUUGCUAUCUGGCUAAUCUGCAUUCGACCGAUCCCCGCCUUGACAAAAAGCGCAUCGAAGAGGCAAAGGGAGGACUUCUUAUCAGUGCUUACCGCUGGGUUCUCGAUAACUCUGACUUUCGACUAUGGCAUGACCGGCCGGAGAGCCGUCUUCUCUGGAUCAAAGGUGAUCCUGGCAAGGGCAAGACCAUGUUGCUCUGCGGCAUCGUCAACGAAUUAGAGCGAGCUCUUGUUGCCGACGGAUAUAGUCGUAAUUUGGCUUAUUUUUUCUGCCAGGCCACCGACUCACGUAUUAAUAACGCAACUGCCGUGCUACGUGGCUUGAUCUACCUCCUUUCUCGCCAGCAACCACGUCUCCUCUCCUACGUUCGGAGAUAUAUCAACGAAGGGAAAUCGCUGUCCGAUAUAAAUGCGUGGGUUGCCGUAUCAGAUAUUUUAGGAGACAUACUAGAGGAUCCGAGCCUGAAGGCAACCUACCUAGUGGUUGACGCCCUUGACGAGUGCAUUGUCGAUCUACCAAAGCUUUUAGACUUCGUCGUCCGCAUUUCGUCCAGCCGUGUGAAAUGGCUUUUGACCAGCCGGAACGAGAUUACUAUUGAAAGGAAGCUGAGAUCUGACGAUACGCGGACGAGACUCAGCCUCGAGCUGAAAGUAAACGCAAUGCAGGUGUCUCAUGCCGUCAAUGUAUAUAUCGACGACAAGUUAUCCGGCCUUGAAUCGCUUCAGGAUGGCAUAUUACUAGAAGACGGCACCCCGAUUAGGGACCGAGUACGGGAUAUUCUACGCAAUAAGGCAAAUGGCACGUUCCUAUGGGUAGCCCUCGUCCUACAGGAACUUAGUAAAGAGGAUGUCGAGAGCUGGCAUGUUCUUCAAAUUGUGGAAGAAGUGCCGCCGGGCCUGCAGGGGAUGUACGAUCGCAUGCUGAAUGAGAUCAGGCGGCACAAACGGGACUCGGAACUCUGCCGGCGCAUACUCUCGACAGUGACGGUAGCAUACCGACCACUUCACUUGGCCGAAAUUGGUGCCUUAUCUGGAUUACCGGAACAGAUUACAAAAUCGAUCGAGAGUGUGAGGCGAAUCGUGGCCAAAUGUGGGUCGUUUCUCACAGUCCGAGACAACCAGAUCUACCUGAUUCACCAAUCGGCCAAGGACUUUCUACUCGACAGGCGUACACAGCGAUUUCCCCAAGACGCAUUCACCUGGGUUUUCCGUGAGGGGAUAGAGGAUGUGCACCACAGCAUCUUCUCAAGAUCUCUCAAUACGAUGUCUAUAGGCUUACGACGCGAUAUGUACGAUUUGAGGGCACCGGGAAUCCCUAUCGACGAGGUUCAAACACCAUCUCCAGACCCACUGGCCACAGUACGGUAUUCAUGCGUUUUCUGGGUUGACCAUCUCCGCGACUCGAUUUCCGAUGAAGACAUGCCGCAAUGUAACACACUGGAUGUCGUCCGGGCCUUCCUUGAGAAGAAGUAUCUUUACUGGCUCGAAGCUCUCAGCUUACUCCGAGCAAUGUCGGAGGGUGUCAUCGCUAUACGACAGCUGGAAGGCCUCCUUGUUCUUACUGAUCAAAGACAAUUAGCGGCCUUUGUUCGAGAUGCACAUCGAUUCACUCUCUCCUACAGAUGGAUAGUUGAGCAAGCUCCUCUUCAGGCAUACGCUUCAGCCCUCGUAUUUGCACCAACUUGUAGCUUGGUGAAAAUGAAAUUUACGGCGGAAGAGCCUGACUGGCUCAGUACGAAGCCAGUAGUAGAAGCCGACUGGAAUGCGUGCCUACAGACGCUUGAAGGCCAUCGCGACUGGGUUUGGUCGGUUACCUUCUCACCAGAUGGCCAACGGCUUGCGUCAGGUUCAGGCGACAACACCGUAAAGAUCUGGGAUGCCGCCUCAGGACAGUGCCGACAGACGCUUGAAGGCCAUCGCAACUCGGUUUGGUCGGUUGCCUUCUCACCAGAUGGCCAACGGCUUGCGUCAGGUUCAAGCGACAACACCGUAAAGAUCUGGGAUGCCGCCUCAGGACAGUGCCGACAGACGCUUGAAGGCCAUCGCCACUCGGUUUUGUCGGUUACCUUCUCACCAGAUGGCCAACGGCUUGCGUCAGGUUCAGGCGACAACACCGUAAAGAUCUGGGAUGCCGCCUCAGGACAGUGCCGACAGACGCUUGAAGGCCAUCGCGGCUCGGUUUGGUCGGUUGCCUUCUCACCAGAUGGCCAACGGCUUGCGUCAGGUUCAGGCGACAACACCGUAAAGAUCUGGGAUGCCGCCUCAGGACAGUGCCGACAGACGCUUGAAGGCCAUCGCGGCUCGGCUUCCUCAGUCUUCUCACUGGAUGAUUUAGGGAGAUAUAGUUAUAGUUUGGGGGAGGAUAAGACGUGGAUUCUUUGUAAUGGCCAGAAUGUGUUAUGGUUGCCACCGGAAUACCGCCCAUCCUGUUCUGCCAUCCAAGGGCGAAUGAUAUCCAUCGGCUAUUCAUCGGCACAAGUCCUCACCAUUGGCUUCUCGCGAGAUGUUUAG